GCGGCCGCCAUCAUGGCCACUGUUAUUUCCGCACACAAGUCGGCUUGAGACCUGUUCAGCUUGAACAUGAAUUGACAGUGGGAUUUUGUUAUUCAAAAUGGAUUUUUUGGAUCCGGUGUGAAAAUUGGAAUGGAUUGAGACUAAAUUUGAAGCGAUGUUGUGUCUACAGGGCUCGAAAAGGACAAAGAGCGAGCACCUGCCAAAACCGAAGAGUUGAUAUCAUGUGAAUAUAGAUCUAUCGGUGCACUGUCGCGAUUAUUUUAUAUAGUUCAACCAACAUUGACUUUUGAGUGUUCCGAAACAUUUCCAAGAAUGGCGAAUAAAAUCAAAGAGUGGGUCAGCAAAAACAAACGCCGGUACAAGGAAGAUGGCUACGAUCUGGACCUGACUUAUAUUAUUCCCAACAUCAUAGCAAUGGGCUUCCCUGCUGACAACUUGGAAGGUGUCUAUCGCAACAACAUCGAUGAUGUAGUCAAAUUUCUGGAAGAGAAGCAUAAAGACAAGUACAAGGUGUACAACUUGUGCUGUGAGAGAGACUAUGAUACCUCCAAGUUCCACCAGCGUGUCGCCAGGUUCCCAUUUGAUGAUCACAAUCCGCCCCGUCUGGAGCUGAUUAAGCCAUUCUGUAUUGAUCUGGACCAAUGGCUGUUGCAGGACACGGAGAAUAUAGCAGCUAUUCACUGUAAAGCUGGCAAGGGUCGGACUGGAGUGAUGAUCUGUGCCUACAUGCUGCACAGGAAGAGGUUCCAAGACGCAGACGAGGCUCUCAAAUACUAUGGGAAAACAAGGACCAGAGAUUAUAAGGGUGUGACAAUACCAAGCCAGCGGAGGUAUGUCCGGUACUACGGGGAGCUGUUGCGGAGUGAGCUGGACUACAAGCCUGUCAGUCUGCUCCUCAAACAGAUCAUGUUUGAAACAGUGCCCAUGGUCAAUGUUGGAUCAAUUUCUGUUUGCUUUGAAGUCUACCAGCUUAAAGUGAAAGUAUUCUCAUCCAAGAACUUUGAUGGCUUCAAGAAGAAAGAUGAAUACUUUCUUAUGCCGAUAACACAGCCGGUUCCGCUGUGCGGGGACAUCAAGAUCGAGUUCUUUCAUAGAACAAGAUAUGGGAAGAAGGAGAAGAUGUUCCACUUCUGGUUCAACACUUUCUUCAUCAAGGAGUGGGAGGACUGCGACCAGCAGAACGGGGCAAAGCAGAGGCUGAGUGGGGGGUCGUUGAGGGGGGACGAGGGGGACCACACACAGGAGGAGUACAACCAAGGCUACCUCACACUCACCCUGCCCAAGAACGAACUCGACAGGGCUAACAAAGACAAGUCACAUAGAAAUUUCAGCCCUAAUUUUAAAGUUAAAGUUUUCUUCUCCCCCAUGAAGGAGGCAGAACCUAAUCCUAACCUGGAACGCAGUAAAAGUGCUGACAAUAUGAUCUGCAAGACAUGCAAGCGAGGAGACGAGUACACACAGCCUCGGUCUCAGACCUCGGACAAACUGUGGGUACCUCAGCCACAAGCCAUGGAUUGCAGCAGCAGCAGCACGCUGUCUAGUUCCGUAAACAAGCUGAGCCUCAGCGAACACUCUAUACCCAACCGAGUCCUCCUCGUGCCGCCAGAUAACGCUUUAUACAAUCACAGGAUGGGGGGCGGUGAGGGGGGCAGCGAUACUGCCUCCGUAUCGGGGAGCACGGAGGGUGUGUCCCUUGGGGGCUUCAGUGACGACGAUCUCUCGGAUACGGAAUCGGACAAUGAGUGGGAUGGUUGUGAAGUGACCCAAGUAUGACCCCUGACCCUGUGGGUUGAGCCAAUCGUGGGAGGCUGGGUGUAUUUUGCCUUACAGCUGUAUUGUUGACGUGUUACAAUCUACAUCCAGUUGUUGAUACUUCUGAUUUAAGAAGCUUGUGUUUGCUUCACGGUUUCUUGUAAGGAAACUGUGCAUAGUUUAUUCGAGUCUUAUUUUGGUGGGUUGAAUGGUCACAAAUGUUUCUUAAAGUUUCUACUCCGAUGACUUUUAGAAAGCAAAAAUAGUUUUUUUGUCUAUCUGCCUGGAUUUAAUCUAAGACCAGAUCAAUUUGAUUCAAAUAUAAGCAGCUCAUUUCACUGUGUCAUGAAGACCUUUAUUUUGCCAAAUUAAAAAAAUAUAAUUUUUAAUUUUAGAAAAUGGAAUGAUCAGUUAUGGAAAUUAUUACUUGCCUCAAUAAAGUAGAUGAACUGUAUGUUGAUCCAAUGCCAAAUUACUUAAUAUUGUUCAUAAACUUGUAUGCAAGGUGAAAAUUGGUCUGGUCUAAGGUAAUAACCUCAGUAGGCUGUAGUCAUUUAGUUAAGGGUUACUCUGAUGCCAUCAAUACUACUUUCCCAGUCUCCUAGAUGACAGAAUAAGUGGCUUUCAUGGCAGAUUCCGUUGAGAAAUAAGAAUAACAUUGUGUUACAAACAACUUUUCCCUGUCACAAUCUUAUUUCACGAACAUGAAGCAAGUAUUUUAGUUGAAUAAGUGAAUGGGGUGUUAUGCCGUAGUCAGCAAUAUUACAACAGUACGACAAUGGCCUGUUAUGUCAUUCAACCUGCUCGUCACAAAUCACACUUCAAUUACAGUGACCAGUCAACCAGGGCGUCAUUUCACAAAAUAGUCUUUGCGCUGAGGCGAUCGUAAAUCCUAUGGUUUUACAUAGAAUUGUGACAGUUUGUAGUGCUGAGAUCGCUUUGUGGAUCUGUCAGGGACGUUGUUCCAACAAUCUCAUUAAAAUCAGACCUUAGUUCUCGCUACUGCUAAGCAAAGAUCAAAAUUGGCGACUACGCUUCGAAACAUGUUUUGACAAAUUCUCGAUUACAAAUUUGAA